CUCCAACAUCCUGACAUCUUCGACACACCUACAACCUCACGAUGCGCUUUAUCACCUUCGGACUGCUGCUUCUCGCAGUGCCUCUCCUAGCUCAAGGAGCCGCCAUCAGCGAGCGACCCGCUUCUGUCGGUCUCUCUAUCCGACAGGAUGAGCCCGGUGUAUGCCGUCCUGCUGAGUACUGCCAUGCUUUGUCCCCUUGCUACAAGGGCAUCUGCUACUGCAAUCCCACGCUCAGUCCGUGCAAGAAGCACCCUCCGAGUGCAAGCCUGGAGCACGACUACUGAGCGCUCCUUUUCUGCUUCGGCCCUCUGGCUAGCUACUGUGCGAAACAUCUUUCACAUGCAACGUCAGUAGAGAAAUAUUGUAGCGCUCUAUGUGCCCUCGUCUUAUAGCGCUCUAUGUGUCCUCGUCUUAUAGCGCUCUAUGUGCCCUCAUCUUAUAGCGCUCUAUGUGUCCUCAUCUUAUAGGAGCCAAGAGCUCUGGGCAGACUGUAU